AUGAAUCGUCUCAUUCGUUUUGCACUAUCAUCGAAUUCUUCUCGUCGUUUUAUUCAACAACAUAUUCGUUUUGCUUCGACUACUGCUCAGUCUGCUUCCACAUCUUUAACAUCAUCAAAUCAAAAUAUUCCUUCUGUAAGAAAAAAAGCUGAUGAAACGGAAAUUGUUGAAUCAACAAAUGAUCCACAAGUAAUGCCUAUUAUCGAACGAGAUCAAUUACAGUUUUUAUCUGAAAGUGAACAAUUGUAUAUUAAACGUUUCGAAGAACGUCAUGAAAAAAAUUUGAUCAUUCGAAAAGAUGAACGACGUCGAGCGAGAAUUAUUGGAAUAUUUUUUGCUGCAUUAGUUGUGGGUAUUUAUGCGUUUACAAUGUUAAGAGUUAAACGUGAAACAUUUUUAGACGAUUUUCAAGUACCCGAACCACCACCACAGAAACAAGCUAUUGUACUCGAUUAG